GACGGAGAAAAAGAGUCAAAAGGACAGUUCGUCGCUGGACUGCCGGGCCGACGGUUUAACUGAAAAGAACGCACGGCCCACGGCCCACGCCCACUGCAUCGCCCUCCAAGCCCGUCCGUGCUCCCGCCGCCGCCGCCUGUCCGUCCUCUCGGCCAUCGUCCCCUGCCGGUGGCCAUUCACGUCCACCACCCCCGUCCACGAGUUCGUUCGGGGAGAUGUCGGCCAAGCGCCAGAACGAGCCGGACGGCGACGAGCUCGGAGCAGCCGAGGGCACCGGCUCCGCCGAGGGAGGCUCGCCGCCGUCGCCUCUAUCUGCCGCCCCAGUCGUCUGCUUCGUCCGGUCUGCCGGAGACUUCGCCGGUGGCGCCUUCGUUGGAUCCAUCGUUGGAUAUGGACAAGGUUUGAUCACUCAGAAGGGCUUCAAAGGCUCAUUCAGCAGUGCAGGGUCUUCUGCCAAGACUUUUGCAGUUCUCUCUGGCGUCCAAAGUGUGGUUGUGUGCUUGUUGAGAAAGCUGCGUGGAAAAGAUGAUAUUGUCAAUGCUGGCAUUGCUGGAUGUUGCACUGGCCUUGCUUUGAGCUUUCCAGGAGCGCCUCAAACAUUGCUUCAGAGUUGCGCCACCUUUGCAGCGUUCUCUUGCAUAAUGGAGGGGCUGAACAAGCAGCAGGUUGCAAUGGCACACACACUCGAUGGGAAUGCUUUGGCCUUUGCGCAAGGUGGUGUUCUCCCCCCUUUCACGCUUCCACCAAUUCUUGACGCAUCAGACGCUUUAGCUUCAUGUUGCCGGGCGUUAGUAAAGCCUAAGCACAAGACAGCAUCAUAGAGGGGGGAGAGAGAGAGAGAGAUGAUCAGAUGAUCAAUAAACCUAGCUCCAGAAUUAGCUAUGUAAAUUCCUUUCUGGACAUGUCAAAACCGUAGAUUUGCUUUCUGGGCAGGCUUUUUUUGCUGCGCGGCAUGUGCUUGUUAAUCAUAUCUUGGAUAGGUUCCGUUGACAUGGCAGAUAAAAAUUCUGAAAAUUAUGUUUGAUGAUUAGUUGUUCACUUCAGAGAAAUGGUUUGUUACCAGUAGAAUUGAAGUGAUGGUGGUUGUUCAGAUCCUCAACUGGUGGGAAUAUGCAAGUGUUGUAUUCUGAUCUUAGUCCUGCAAAUCUGAUGUAAUGACGAUACAUUCGUGCUUCUGAAUAAGAAUUACGGUUAAGAUCAUUUGAUGUU